GUGCUGGAAAGGAUCUGGACUCCAAGCCCUCCCCAUCUCUCCACCACCGGGUGCCCAGGUAGCCUCGGGGUCCACAGGAUACAGGAGGCAGGCCACGGGGCGCUUGGUUAGGAGGAGAGAGGGUUAGGAUCCAUCUGGGCUUCCGGAGGUACACGGCCGUGUACCCCAAUCAGAAGGAGGAAGCUGAGCGUGGACCCCAGUGUCUCAAGGAGGAGGGCUGAGACCAUGGCUGCAGUGACCCUGUCCGUGCCUGGGAGGAAGGUGGCUGCCAGGCCAGGCCCCGUGCCUGAGGCGGCCCAACCGUUCCUGUUCACACCGCGAACACCAAGUGUGGGCGGCCCUGGAGGGCCGCAGGUGGAGUGGACAGCACGUCGCCUGGUGUGGGUGCCCUCAGAACUGCAUGGAUUCGAGGCUGCAGCCCUACGCGAUGAAGGGGAGGAGGAGGCAGAGGUGGAGCUGGCGGAGAGUGGGCGGCGCCUGCGGCUGCCCAGGGACCAAAUCCAGCGCAUGAACCCACCCAAGUUCAGCAAGGCAGAGGACAUGGCUGAGCUCACCUGCCUCAAUGAGGCCUCUGUCCUGCACAACUUGCGAGAGCGCUACUACUCCGGGCUCAUUUAUACCUACUCUGGCCUUUUCUGCGUGGUCAUCAACCCAUACAAGCAGUUGCCCAUCUACACGGAGGCCAUUGUGGAAAUGUACCGGGGCAAGAAGCGCCACGAGGCGCCGCCACACGUGUAUGCUGUAACAGAGGGAGCGUACCGCAGCAUGCUGCAGGAUCGUGAGGACCAGUCCAUUCUCUGCACAGGGGAGUCUGGAGCUGGGAAGACGGAGAACACCAAAAAGGUCAUCCAGUAUCUGGCCCACGUGGCGUCGUCUCCCAAGGGCAGGAAGGAGCCUGGUGUCCCUGCCUCCGUCAGCACCAUGUCUUAUGGGGAGCUAGAGCGGCAGCUUCUUCAAGCCAACCCCAUCCUGGAGGCUUUCGGCAAUGCCAAGACAGUGAAGAAUGACAACUCUUCCCGAUUUGGAAAAUUCAUCCGCAUCAACUUUGAUGUUGCUGGCUACAUCGUGGGCGCGAAUAUUGAGACAUAUCUGCUGGAGAAGUCCCGGGCCAUCAGACAGGCCAAGGACGAAUGCAGCUUCCAUAUCUUCUAUCAGCUGCUAGGGGGCGCUGGGGAGCAGAUGAAAGCUGAUCUCCUCCUGGAGCCCUGUUCCCAUUACCGCUUCCUGACCAAUGGGCCCUCAUCAUCCCCUGGCCAGGAGCGGGAGCUAUUCCAGGAGACGCUGGAGUCCCUGCGCGUGCUGGGUUUCCUCCCGGACGAGAUCACAGCCAUGCUGCGCACUGUCUCGGCUGUCCUCCAGUUUGGCAACAUUGUCCUGAAGAAAGAGCGUAACACAGACCAAGCCACCAUGCCUGACAACACAGCUGCCCAGAAGCUCUGCCGCCUCUUGGGCCUUGGGGUGACGGACUUCUCCAGAGCACUCCUCAUGCCCCGAAUCAAAGUGGGCCGAGAUUAUGUCCAGAAAGCACAGACCAAGGAGCAGGCUGACUUCGCGCUAGAGGCUCUGGCCAAAGCUACCUACGAGCGCCUCUUCCGCUGGCUGGUUCUGCGGCUCAACCGCGCCCUGGACAGAAGUCCGCGGCAGGGUGCCUCCUUCCUGGGCAUCCUGGACAUCGCGGGCUUUGAGAUCUUCCAGCUGAACUCCUUCGAGCAGCUGUGUAUCAACUACACAAAUGAGAAGUUGCAGCAGCUGUUCAACCACACCAUGUUCGUGCUGGAGCAGGAGGAGUACCAGCGGGAGGGCAUCCCCUGGACCUUCUUGGAUUUUGGCUUGGACCUGCAGCCUUGUAUUGAUCUCAUCGAGCGGCCGGCCAACCCUCCAGGUCUCCUGGCCCUCCUGGACGAGGAGUGCUGGUUCCCCAAGGCCACCGACAAGUCUUUCGUGGAGAAGGUGGCCCAGGAGCAGGGCAGCCACCCCAAGUUCCAGCGCCCCAGGCACCUGCGGGAUCAGGCAGACUUCAGCGUCCUGCACUAUGCAGGCAAGGUUGACUACAAAGCCAAUGAGUGGCUGAUGAAGAACAUGGACCCAUUGAAUGACAGUGUGGCUGCCUUGCUUCACCAGAGUACAGAUCGCCUCACAGCUGAGAUCUGGAAGGAUGUGGAGGGCAUUGUGGGGCUGGAGCAGGUGAGCAGCCUUGGGGAUGGCCCUCCGGGAGGUCGCCCCCGCCGUGGAAUGUUCCGGACUGUAGGGCAGCUCUACAAGGAAUCUCUGAGCCGCCUCAUGGCCACACUCAGCAAUACCAACCCCAGUUUUGUCCGCUGCAUCGUCCCCAAUCAUGAGAAGAGGGCUGGGAAGCUGGAGCCACGCCUGGUGCUGGACCAGCUCCGUUGUAAUGGGGUCCUCGAGGGCAUCCGCAUCUGCCGCCAGGGUUUCCCCAACCGCAUCCUCUUCCAGGAGUUCCGGCAACGCUAUGAGAUCCUCACCCCAAAUGCCAUUCCCAAGGGCUUCAUGGAUGGCAAGCAGGCCUGUGAGAAGAUGAUCCAGGCCCUGGAGCUAGACCCCAACCUAUACCGUGUUGGCCAAAGCAAGAUCUUCUUUCGUGCCGGAGUCCUGGCCCAGCUGGAGGAGGAGCGGGAUCUGAAGGUCACGGAUAUCAUAGUGUCUUUCCAGGCGGCAGCACGGGGCUACCUGGCCCGCAGGGCCUUCCAGAGAAGGCAGCAGCAGCAGAGCGCCCUGCGGGUGAUGCAGAGGAACUGUGCCGCCUAUCUCAAGCUGCGGAACUGGCAGUGGUGGAGACUGUUCAUCAAGGUGAAGCCCCUGCUGCAGGUGACGCGACAGGAUGAGGUGCUGCAGGCGCGCGCCCAGGAGCUGCAGAAAAUCCAGGAGCUGCAGCAGCAGAGUGCCCGCGAAGUGGGGGAGCUGCAGAGCCGAGUGGCGCAGCUAGAGGAGGAGCGCUCGCGCCUGGCCGAGCAGCUGCGUGCAGAAGCAGAGCUAUGCUCCGAGGCUGAGGAGACCCGGGCACGAUUGUCCGCCCGGAAGCAGGAGCUGGAGCUGGUGGUGUCAGAGCUUGAGGCACGAGUGGGCGAGGAAGAGGAGUGCAGCCGGCAGCUGCAUGGUGAGAAGAAGCGACUGCAGCAGCACAUACAGGAGCUGGAGAGCCACCUGGAAGCCGAGGAGGGUGCUCGGCAGAAGCUGCAGCUGGAGAAGGUGACCACAGAGGCCAAGAUGAAGAAGUUUGAGGAGGACCUGCUCCUCCUGGAGGACCAGAAUGCCAAGCUGAGCAAGGAGCGGAGGCUGCUGGAGGAGCGCCUGUCCGAGUUCUCCUCACAGGCGGCUGAAGAGGAGGAGAAAGUCAAGAGCCUCAAUAAGCUCAGACUCAAAUACGAAGCCACCAUUGCAGACAUGGAGGACCGGCUGAAGAAGGAGGAAAAAGGCCGCCAGGAACUGGAGAAGAUGAAACGGCGGCUGGAUGGGGAAAGUUCCGAGCUGCAGGAACAGAUGUCAGAGCAGAAGCAGCGGGCGGAGGGGCUGCUUGCACAGCUGGCCCGCAAGGAAGAGGAGCUGCAGGCUGCCCUGGUCAGGGCAGAGGAGGAGGGUGGUGCCCGUGCCCAGUUGCUCAAAUCCCUGCGGGAAGCACAGGCUGGCCUGGCCGAGGCUCAGGAGGACCUGGAGACGGAGAGGGCAGCCAGGGCCAAGGCAGAGAAGCAGCGCCGGGACCUGGGGGAGGAGCUGGAGGCGCUGCGUGGGGAGCUGGAGGACACGCUGGAUUCCACCAAUGCCCAGCAGGAGCUGAGGUCAAAGAGGGAGCAGGAGGUGACGGAGCUGAAGAAGACUUUGGAAGAGGAGACCCGUGCUCACGAGGUGGCCAUGCAGGAGCUGAGGCAGAGGCAUGGCCAGGCCCUGGGGGAGCUGGCAGAGCAGUUGGAGCAAGCCCGGCGGGGCAAAGGCGUGUGGGAGAAGACUCGGCUAACCCUGGAGGCCGAGGUGACUGAGCUGAAGACUGAGCUGAGUAGCCUGCAGACCUCCAGACAGGAGGGUGAGCAGAAGAGGCGGCGCCUGGAGUCCCAGCUGCAGGAGGUCCAGGGCCGGGCCAGUGAUGUAGAUCGGGCUCGCACGGAGGCUGCUGAGAAGCUGCAGAGAGCUCAGGCUGAACUUGAGAGCGUGUCCACCGCACUGAGCGAGGCUGAGUCCAAGGCCAUCAGGCUGAGCAAGGAGCUGAGCAGUGCAGAGUCGCAGCUGCAUGACACCCAGGAACUGCUGCAGGAGGAGACUAGGGCCAAGCUGGCCUUGGGGUCCCGUGUGCGCGCCCUGGAGGCUGAGGCGGCCGGGCUUCGGGAGCAGAUGGAAGAGGAAGUGAUUGCCAGGGAGCGGGCUGGUCGUGAGCUGCAGAGCGCCCAGGCCCAGCUCUCAGAAUGGCGGCGACGCCAGGAGGAAGAGGCUGGGGCACUGGAGGCUGGGGAGGAGGCUCGGCGCCGUGCAGCCCGGGAAGCAGAGGCCCUGGCCCAGCGUCUGGCAGAAAAAACAGAGGCAGUGGAGAGGCUGGAGCGAGCUCGGCGGCGGCUGCAGCAGGAGCUGGAUGAUGCCACUGUGGACCUCGGGCAGCAGAAGCAGCUCUUGAGCGCUCUGGAGAAGAAGCAGCGGAAGUUUGACCAGCUCCUGGCAGAGGAGAAGGCUGCAGUGCUGCGGGCUGUGGAAGACCGAGAGCGAGUGGAGGCUGAAGGCCGGGAGCGAGAGGCCCGGGCCCUGUCCCUCACACGGGCCCUGGAGGAGGAGCAGGAGGCGCGGGAGGAGCUGGAGAGGCAGAACCGGGCUCUGCGGGCUGAGCUGGAGGCACUGCUGAGCAGCAAGGACGAUGUGGGCAAGAAUGUGCACGAGCUGGAGCGAGCCCGCAGGGUGGCUGAACAGGCAGUCACUGACCUGCGGACACAGGUAACAGAGCUGGAGGACGAGCUGACUGCCACAGAGGAUGCCAAGUUGCGUCUGGAGGUGACGGUGCAGGCUCUGAAGGCUCAGCAUGAGCGUGACCUGCAGGGCCGUGAUGAUGCCGGCGAGGAGAGACGCAGGCAGCUGGUCAAGCAGCUGAGAGAUGCGGAGGUGGAGCGGGAUGAGGAGCGGAAGCAAAGGGCGCUGGCUGUGGCUGCCCGCAAGAAGCUGGAGGCCGAGCUGGAGGAGCUGAAGGCUCAGACGUCUGCUGCUGGGCAGGGCAAGGAAGAGGCCGUGAAGCAGCUGAGGAAGAUGCAGGUCCAGAUGAAGGAGCUGUGGCGGGAGGUGGAGGAGACCCGUACCUCCCGGGAAGAGAUCUUUACCCUGAACAAGGAAAGUGAGAAGAGGCUCAAGGGACUGGAAGCUGAGGUGUUGCGGCUGCAGGAGGAACUGGCUGCCUCAGACCGAGCCCGGAGGCAGGCCCAGCAGGACAGAGAUGAGAUGGCAGAGGAGGUGGCCACUGGCAACCUUAGCAAGACAGCCAUCCUGGAGGAGAAACGGCAGCUGGAGGGGCGCCUGGGGCAGUUGGAAGAGGAGCUGGAGGAAGAACAGAACAACGCCGAGAUACUCAAGGACCAUUACCGCAAGCUGCUGCUACAGGUAGAGUCCCUCACUACAGAGCUGUCUGCUGAACGCAGCUUCUCAGCCAAGGCUGAGAGCGGGAGGCAGCAGCUGGAGCGGCAGAUCCAGGAGCUGCGGGGUCGCCUGGGUGAAGAGGAUGCUGGAGCCCGAGCCCGGCAGAAGAUGCUGAUUGCUGCUCUUGAGUCCAAACUGGCCCAGGCAGAGGAGCAGCUGGAGCAGGAAAGCAGAGAACGCAUUCUCUCUGGCAAGUUGGUGCGCAGAGCUGAGAAGCGACUGAAGGAGGUGGUUCUUCAGGUGGACGAAGAGCGUAGGGUGGCUGACCAGCUCAGGGACCAGCUGGAGAAAGGCAACCUCCGGCUGAAGCAGCUCAAGCGACAGCUGGAGGAAGCAGAGGAGGAAGCGUCGCGGGCGCAGGCUGGCCGGCGGCGACUGCAACGGGAGCUGGAGGACGUCACAGAGUCUGCCGAGUCCAUGAACCGGGAGGUGACCACGCUGAGGAACAGGCUCCGGCGUGGCCCACUCACCUUCACCACUCGCACAGUGCGCCAGGUGUUCCGGCUGGAAGAAGGCGUGGCUUCUGAUGAGGAGGAAGCCGAGGGGGCGGAGCCUGGGCCUGCACCACCCCAGGAGCCUGAAGCUCCGCCCCCUGCCACACCCCAGUGACCCAGUCAGUCUGUCCUAGAUGCCCCAAGGACAGAGCCUGUCCCAGUGUCCCUCCUGGCUAGCACUUUGAGAUGAUGCUGCCCUCUGGCAUUGAUGAUCCCUACUGGAACCCCAGACUCCCACCCACUGGGGACUCCAAAUCAAGGCCCUAAACCAAGGAACCGGGUUACUGGGAGGCAAGGAUAGUCACUCUUGUUAAGGGGACAGAAUGAGCAUGAGGAAGCAUAUCCUGUCGGCUGCAGAAGGCAGGCGGCCGCCUCCAUCCCCUCCCAGUAUCCUGCCCUCUUUUAUGGGGUAAGGUCUGUGUGCUCACAGAGUAGUAGUGUUCAGGUCUCUCCUGCGCCAGGCACUGAAGAAAUAAACUGCACCUGACUAG